CCACCGAGUGGAAUAUACUUGUUAGAAAAAGUGUGUGAAAAAAAAAUGCCGCGGAAAGCUUGAGAGCGACGCGUGCGAGCUUAAGUGAAGUUUCGGUCGCAGAGUGAAUCCUCGUGGCUUCACUAUGCAUUCUAGAUGAAAAUAACUCAAAUGACGGGGUUGAAACGAUGCGUACAUUAACCCAAGUGACAAGGCUUGUUCGCUGAUCUUCGGACAUUGCGGAGAACCGUAAUCGUCGAGCGGCGAACAACGACGCUAUGGCGUCCAUCGGACGUGUGUAUGUGUGUGUCAUUAUUUUUAAUCCGCAAUUAACAGCUAAUUAAGCAGUCGUAACUGCGGAUCACAAGUAGAAUUCGAUGCGUGUGAGAUUCGUGUUGACGCCGGUUGUUAAACGACGCGACUUCCUAGUAUUAAUCGUCCGAACCCGAUCGGUUCAACCAAAAACAAACAUUCUGGGCUGCUUUCAUUUUCCCUGUUUGACAGCUCCUAAUCCAAAUUACGUGGAACAUUAUGAAUAUCUUAUUUCGAUUUCCUCGGUUACGUUGUCACAGACUAAAUUGUGCUUCCGCUAUGAUCUUCUCAUUAAAGAGUAUCGUCCAAAUCGUUGCUGUUAGAGUUUAUACGUAAGCUCGAGAAUGUGACUAAACUGAUUUUUUCAACAAGUGUGUUUAAUUCUAAGUGUUUAUAAUACAAUGUAUGGUUUAUAUACCGUUUUGAAACAUUUUGUUUUUAAGAGUUUGCAUAAAAGAAAAUAAAAUUAUGGAUAAAUAAUGUAAGUGAUAUGACAACUUAUUUGGUAGUGUGAUGCAGGAAAGAAAGUGACAAGACAUUCCAUGAUUUCACAUAAAAUUUUAAUAAAAUAUAUUGUGACUUAAUGGACUUUACACAUCAUGUCAAAUAGUUUGGACAGUUUUUUAACACGUAUUGGGGAUGUCACUAUAGAACGCGUGACUCCUCGCCCAGGCCCUAAGCCUAAUGAAACAAUAAUGUCGAAUGAAACUGCAACAAACACAAACAUGAAUAAUGUAGAGCCUCAAACAGGAAAUGAUGAAAGUUCAGAGGAAUCUAGCGGUGAAACAUCUGAUGGAGAACAUGACAAGAAAAAUGAUACAUUGCAGUCAGAAGAAAUAGAAGAAAUACGUUCAGAAGGAUCAGGGGACGACAUGGAUUUAGAUGAGACAAUUGAUUCACAAAUUGGUGUACGAGCAGAAUCAGAAAGACAACAUCAUUCUCAAGCUGAAGAGGAUGAUGAAGAACCAGUUAAUAUAUUGGAUACUUUGCCAUUAGAAGGAGCCCCAAUAGAGGGUCAGGAAGUGUCUGAAGCAGACUUACUUGGAAAACCAAUUUCAAAAGAUACAGAUGAUGAAGGAAGCAUAGGACAUGAAAAUGACAAACACGAAGGUCAUGCCAUGGAGGAGGAAGGGACAGAGAGUAAUAAGAGGCAUGCUGAUUCAGAGCAUUCUGAUACAGCUAAGAAGAAGCAGAAAAAAGAUGAUGGAACUGAAGGAUCUGCGUCAGAAUGUGAAACAAAAGCAGAAAAGAAAUUAGCAAACAUGAGAAGAAAUAUUCGAGAAGUUAUGGAUGAAACUCAACUUGAUGAAGCUACUUUGUCAGCUCAGCGGCAAGAGAUGGAACGUCUUCGAAGGGUACAAGAACAACAAAGACUAAUUCGUGAAGUUCAACGACAAAUGGCAAUAACUAGACAAACUAUGAAAGCAAAAACAAGAGUAAUUAGUCUUUUACAAGGAAAACAAAAUCAAGCAGGUACUACUAUUUCACAAUCAUCUCCAUCUGGACCAGUUCGUUUGCCAAACACGGUGCUUCUUAAAGUAAAUUCUGGACCUGGCACUGGAUCUCAGACUACUUCUGGUAUACAAACAAAUCAAAUACAAAGAAGAUCGGUAGAAGGCUCCCGAUGGCAAAAAGGUAGAGGUAUUUAUCAAGGAGCACAAACAUCAAUUUCGCGAAUUGCAAAUCGACCUAGUGGUCCCAAUAUGUUACAACAAAGAAUUCGAAUGAUGACUCCUUCUGUUAGCAUAUCUCCCGUAGUUCCUAAAAAGGAACCUAUGGAUAGAUCUGAAUAUUACUCAGAUUCUGAAAUCUCAGAUAUAGAAGCUGAAGAAACUUUACGUGAGAAACAAAUACAUGCUGCUAAAAAGAUAUCAACUGGGCCAAAGUCUCAAAAAACAGCUAAAGGCAAAGAUGUGGUUACGAUAUCUAGCUCUAGUGAAAGUUCAGAUGAUGAUUGUAUAGUUUUAAGUGACCCAAGUGGUGAAGAAGAAACAGACAACGAAGAUGAUCCAUCCAAUUCUGGCAUGCAUACUAAUGAUAGAUAUAACAUUCCAGAUGAACAUGGUAGAGUGUUAAUAAAUGUCGGUCAUCCUGAAACAGAACCUAAUGUAUUUUUAGCUCCACAAGUAGCUCGUAUUAUUAAACCUCAUCAGAUUGGUGGUAUUCGUUUUCUUUAUGAUAAUAUUGUUGAAAGUAUUGAAAGAUUCAAAACUAGUUCUGGUUUUGGUUGUAUCCUUGCUCACAGUAUGGGUUUAGGAAAAACACUUCAAGUUGCUAGUUUUUGCGACAUUUUUUUUCGUUGUACUACUUCUAAAACAGUCCUCUGUAUUAUGCCCAUUAAUACAUUGCAAAAUUGGUUAGCGGAAUUUAAUAUGUGGUUACCAUAUGAGGAUCCUAAUGCUCCGGAAAAGCAUGGUAAAAGUUCUGGUAUUAAAUCAGAAUCUGUUAUUGAGCUUAAACAAGAAGUUAAGGAUGAAAGUGGGAAUCAGAGUGAUAUGUCAAAUAUGUCAAGUAUGUCAAAUAUUUCAAGGCCUAUUAGCACAGAAUCAGCUCAUCGUUUUGGACAAGAAAAUACGUCCCAACCUAUGAAUAUUAUGCCAGAAAAUCCGUAUAUUCAUCCAGGAUAUGAAACUCACAAUAUGAUGUCUGGUUAUGUACAAGAUAAUAUGUUGAAUAAAAAUAUAUCAAAUUCGCAAGUACACAUAAAUGAAAAUUAUCACGGAGAUAUUUCACAAAAUGCAUUGUAUAAUACAAAUCCUAAUCCAAUGUCUACCUUUGAGUCAAUAAAAUCGGAAGUAAAUUGUCAUGGCAUGCAACAAAGGUCAAACAUGUCAGAUACAAAAUUUGGCAUGGAAAAUCAGAAUUCUAAUAAUAUAUAUCCUGGUUUAGAGAAUCGGUCACAAGCUCCCAUAUAUCCAGGUAUUGAAACUCGAAAUCCUAGCACUUUGUAUCAUGGUGUAGAAAGUCAUCACACUGGGUCCAUAUAUCCUAAUUUUGACAAUUCUGCUAAUACUUUUUCUAAUUAUACAAACCGAUCAACUCAAGAAUCAGAUCAAGAAUCAAGAAAGGAUUGUUUUAAAAAUACUUUAUCUUCUAUGAAUGCAGAAGUUAAUGUAAAGAAGGAGCCAGAAGAAAUAGUUAAAAAGGAGGAAAGUACUUGUACAACAAAAGAAGAAAUAUCGAAUGAAGAGAAAAAGGAAAUUGAGAAAGUUAAAACUCCAUUUAGUGUAGAUUCGCCUAUUGGUAUGGAAAUGAGACCGCGGCAUUUUCGUUUACAUAUUUUAAAUGAUUCUCAUAAAACUAUGACAGCAAGAGCCAAGGUAAUUCAAGAUUGGCAAGUAGGAGGUGGUGUUUUGUUGAUUGGAUAUGAACUAUACAGACAAUUGUCUUUAAAAAAGCCAAACAAAGCAAAAAGGAAACGUGGACAACCUUUCAAAGAUACUGUUGAUGUCGAGGAAGAAGACAAGAAUAAAGGAUUAUUAGAUGAAAUGCAUACAGCUUUAGUUAAUCCAGGGCCUGAUUUAGUCAUAUGUGAUGAGGGUCAUAGAAUAAAAAAUUCCCAUGCUAGCAUUAGUAUGGCUUUGAAACAAAUGCGCACAAAACGUAGAAUUGUAUUAACUGGUUAUCCAUUACAAAAUAAUCUUUUGGAAUAUUGGUGUAUGGUUGAUUUUGUAAGACCUAAUUAUUUGGGAACUAAAAGUGAAUUUUGUAAUAUGUUUGAAAGACCAAUUCAGAAUGGACAAUGUAUUGAUUCAACACCACAAGACAUACGUUUAAUGAGAUACCGUGCACAUGUGUUACAUGCUUUGUUAGAAGGUUUUGUACAAAGAAGAUCUCAUUCUGUAUUGCAAGUUUCCUUACCACGUAAAGAAGAAUAUAUUCUUCUCGUUCGGAUGACAUCACAUCAACGUAAACUAUAUGAUACCUUUAUGAAUCAAGUAGUUAAAACACGUGCUGUACCUAAUCCAUUGAAAGCUUUUGCAGUUUGCUGUAAAAUUUGGAACCAUCCUGAUAUCCUAUAUCACUUUCUACGUAAACGACAGGCUAAUGAAGAAGAUGAUUUAGAUUUAGAGGAAACAAUUGGUGAAAAAUCUACUCCAGGAGGUAAACGUUCUAAAGCACGCCAACCAAAAGGGGAAUCCAAGAAAGGAAAGAAAACAAAUACAACUAUAAAAAAUAAACCAGCAGCUAGUGUUCAACCUAAUUCUUCUUCAUCAUCUAAUACUGAUAAUGUAGAAAAUGAUAAUUCACAUACUACUCCAAAACAAAACAAUUAUUCUAAUUAUCCUCCUAUGCCAAUAAAUAAUUCAGGGUAUUCAAAUUCUAUAUCUCAAAAUUCUUAUCCUCAUGGUUAUCAGAAUUAUAGAUCAAAUGAUCAAAACACAUAUUAUAGAAAUGAAAAUAGCCAUGGAGAAUACAAUGAAUUUUACAAUAAUCAAGGAUCACAAAGAUAUGGAAAUCAAUCAUUUCAAACAUAUUCACAAACUCCAGGAUAUAAUGCACCACAAAAUUAUCCUAAUCAAUCACAAAAUUAUAUACCAAACAGUGAACAGUCUACAAAUAAUCAUUCUCAAAGGUAUUCAACUGCUACUUCCAAUUCAGAAUUUCGUUCAGACCAAAAUCAAGGGAAUAAUUAUGAAGUAUCUGGGAUGUUUCCACGUCAAUCUUAUCCUUAUCAAGAUCAUGGACGUAAUUAUGGAUCAAAUAUAAAUCAAGGAUCUACUAAUAAUUAUUCUCAAGUUCCAAAUCAGUCUUCUUUUCAAUCGCAAAUGCCAAACCAAUCUGCAAAUAUGCCAUUACCUGAUUAUUCUUCAUAUACACCAAAUCAGACUCAAAAUUAUAAUCCUGCAGCAGGGCAAACAAAUACCAUAUAUUCACGAAAUGAAGGUCAACCAUUACAAAAUUCUACAUUAGGAUAUGACACAAAUCAACAAAGUCAAAAUUCAUCAUCUCAAACACCAACUGCUGCAUAUCUUGCAAAUCAACAAGGACAGAGUACAACAUCUGGUCAAAAUCGUGGCUUUUCACCCAAUCAACAAACUCAAAAUCUUCCUUUGCAAAGUUCUUCUCAUACUUAUGGUGGCUCACAGUCACAAAAUAUUCCAAUAUCAAAUCAAUCCCAUAAUUAUCCUACUCAAGUAAAUCCAAACCCUUCACCACAAACAUCACUCAAUUUUAGUCAACAAUCUCCAAACACUAUGCCACAGAAUCAACCUCAUCCAUAUAUGACAAAUUCAUCAAAUCAAACGUCAAUUCCACAAAAUCAAAUGCGUGGAUAUUCUACAGCAGCUCAAAAUCAGAUGAAUGUACCACAAAAUUCAUCUUCAUAUCCCACUGGCCAAUCAGCUUCAAAUCCUACUCAAACACAUGGAUAUGCUCAAGAUCAGCAGGGGUCAGUUUCUAAUGCACAAGGUACUAUGCAUGGAUAUUCACAUCUUGUGUCUCCAUCAACACCACAAAAUCAAUCUUAUCCACCUAAUAUGCAAAGCCAAACGGGAACUUCAUCAAAUGCAAAUCAUGCCUAUGGGUCUAAUCAUCAAGGUUCAACAUCAAUACCAUCAACUCCAACUCAUAGGUACAGUUCUUCUCAACAAGGACAGAUAUCACAAUCUCAGAAUCAAGCUCUUCCAUAUUCUCAAAAUCAGCAAACACCGAGUUCUAUAAAUCAAAGUGAUCAAUUGUAUUCCAGACCAGAUAAUCAACAACAAACUCAAACUUAUACACCAACAGCCAACACAUCCCAUGAAUUUUCAACAGAUCGUCAAAGUGGUAGUGCCUCUACCAAUCCUACAAAUAAUUAUUCAAUAAAUCAAACAUCAUCUCAGAAUACUGUUGUAUCAAAUUAUUCAACAGAUGGAGCACAUUCAAAUCAAGUAAGUCAAAUGAAGAGUUCAGAGGAUCCUUAUUGGCAAAGAAAUUAUUCUCAAUCAUUUCAAUCUGAUCAAUGUAAUGAUCCGUAUUAUCGGGAUGUAAAUCCUAAUGUGAAUCGAUAUCAAAGUAAUUACUUUCCAUCACAAAAUUAUCAAAAUCAGUCUUAUGAUUAUAGUAAUAAUCAUAAUUCGGAUAUUAAUACGCGCUCAGAGGAUUCGAAGUCCCAGCAAACCACUACUCACAUUCAAAGCUCAGGAUCUUCAGAGAAGAACAAAAAUAAUAAGGAAAUGACAUCAAGUGUUGGUGUGCAAAGUCAACCAAUUCAUCAAAAUAGUUCAAGUUCUACAAGUUCAGGUUAUGGUUCUGAAUCAAAUUGCCAGACUUCAGUAUCUAGAUCUGUACAAAAUCUUAAUUCAUUGCAUAGUCCCCGUCUAAAUCAAAAUGAUUUAGUGAAAGAAGAUGAAAAAGAAAAAGAAGACUUAUUAGAUAAAGAUAAAGAAGAAAAGUCAGAUGAUGAAAUUCUUACAAAAGAUGAAGAAAAGGAUAGUAAAAGUUCUCCAGGAGGAAAAGAAGACCCUGGUAUUCCAUAUGAUUGGGCAACAGAAUUAAUGAAGGGCUAUGUACCAGGAUUAAUGGAUGCUUCUGCAAAAAUGACAAUUUUCUUUUGUAUUUUGGAAGAAGCAAUUAAACUUGGUGAUCGCGUUUUAGCAUUUUCUCAAUCAUUAUUUACAUUGAAUCUCAUUGAAGAUUUUUUAGCUAGAAAUAGUUUGAAGUAUCCUGAUGGGCAAACGGAUGCUUGGAUUAAAAAUGUAAAUUAUUAUCGUCUCGAUGGCAGUACUAGCGCCUUAGAAAGAGAAAAACUUAUUAAUGAAUUUAAUAAUAAUCCAAAAAUUCAUCUUUUUCUUGUUUCAACGCGUGCUGGUUCUCUUGGUAUUAAUCUUGUUGGCGCUAACCGUGCCAUUGUAUUCGAUGCUUCUUGGAAUCCUUGUCAUGAUACACAGGCUGUUUGUAGAGUGUAUAGAUAUGGACAACAGAAACCUUGUUUUGUUUACCGUUUAGUCACUGACAAUUGUUUAGAAAGAAAAAUAUAUGACAGACAAAUUAGUAAGCAAGGAAUGGCAGAUCGUGUGGUUGAUCAAUGCAAUCCAGAUGCUCAUCUUUCAUUAAAAGAAGCAACUACAUUGUCUUGGGAUUGGGAAGAAGAUAGUCAAGUACAAGAUUUUUCUCAAACGAAAGAUAGUUAUUCUGAUGAAGUGAUGCAUCGUGUAUUAGAACGUCAUUCUUCUUUAUUAACGAAACAGCCUUUCCACCAUGAAAGUCUUUUAGUUGAUAGAAAAGAUAAGAAACUUAGUCAAGCAGAAAAGCGACUAGCUCGUCGUGGUUACGAACUUGAAAAAAUGGCAGCCAACUGUUCCAGGCCCAGUUAUAAUUAUGUUCCUGGAAAUACUGCAACACGGGCAGGUGGAUUACAAAUUCGAGCAAUUCGAGGUGGUGAUAGUAGUACUACUUCUAAACCAGUUGCCUCAGUUAGACCAAUGCAGCAACGUGGUGCUGAAGGUAUAGGUUCGCGUAGUGUAACAGGAAGUCGAUGGAUACCAGCGGAAGUAUGGCAAAGGCAGGGAAUGAGUGCACAAGAAAUGACAUUACCUUUAGACGUUGUUAUUCCCACCAAUUCACCCGAUAAAGGAAGUAUUGUAUUGAAAGCUGGUCAACGAGUAAUGGUAUUAAAAAGUCCUAAAGGCAUUUAUAUGCAAUUAGAAUCUGGUAAAAUUAUUGCUAUUCGGACGGCUCUUAAACUAAAUCAACAAAAGCGAGAAGAAGAACCUAAGAAAGGUGUAUCGUCAAUGGCACAAAGGAAUUCAAAACCAGAAGUCGGAUUUCCAUUGAGAAAUAAUUCAGCUAUUUCUAUCAUACCGAAAUCUUCUUCAAGUAAUCAAGCAAGUGGUCGUUCGAUUAAUAAACCGGGAAACGGGCCUAAUUAUAGGCCAUUUGCUGACAAGGAAACUUUAAAGAGACCAAAACCUGUCGUUACUGCAACUGCCAAACCUUAUUUGAGUCAAGUUAAUUUAACCAAUCAAGUUUCUCUAUCAAGGUUACCAAAAAUAAAGCAGGAACCGGUAGAUCAUUCCACACUAGGUGAAAAUUCAAACUCCUCAGAUGGACAAGUUAGAACUGAACAAAGAGUGGAAGAAGUCAGAUUAGAGGAUGUGGUUGCGGAAGUAAGUUCGAAUACAGAUUACAAUCCUAAUCAUAAUCGUGUAACCAGUUCAGAUACCGAUAUUGCUUUACACAAGUCAUCUGAAGAAAAUAGUCAAGUAUAUACUUCAGAUUCUGUAACUGCACAAAGUGUUCAAACACAGCACGAUCAAACUGAAACGGAAUUGACAUCAAAAAUUGAUAAACAGUGUUCUCCUACAAUUGAAAAGGAGAUCAUAAAAACAACAGAUACAUUAACAAAUUACGGGCAUGCUUUCCAAACUCAACAGGAAAAAAGAGAUGCGUCCAAUGAUGAAAUUAUAAUUGAAGAUCCAUCGCCGAUACCACCUCAAAUACAGUCGCAAGUACCAUCACAAAUGCAAUCUCAAAUGCCAUUACAAGUAUCUCCGCAAGUACAGUCACAAGUACUACCUCAGAUACCACCACAGUUACCAACACAAAUACCACCCCAAGUACCUUCCCAGUUAUCGCAAGGACCAUCACAAAUACCUCAAGCAUCACCGCAAGUUGCACCACAAGUUGCGGCGCAAGUUGCAACACAACCAACAUCAUCUGGCUCAUUACCACCUUUGUUAACGCAACAAUCAACUUCAUCGACUAUGCAAGUACCAUCAGCGACGCCUACAUUACGAGCUACGGAAGUUCCUAAAGGUAUAACAGAUUCAACUAUUGGUUCUUCUGCUACAUCCAUACGUACUGGAACAAAUACUAUAACAUCUCCAAAAACAGCGGAACCAAGUAUGCGUGAAACUUGUAUACAAAGUGAACCCCUUAAUGUUCCACAAGGUUAUCCUUAUGCUCAGUAUCCACGAUAUUACGAUUAUAAUGAUCCUCGAUCACGAUCGUUGUCCACUCCUUAUGGUACAUAUUUUCCUGGUGUUCCACCUCAUGCAGCAAAUCCUAGAUUACCAAUGGAUACCUCUAAGAGUCAACCAGAUGUAGGAAAACCUAUAGAAGAGAGGGCAAUGAUGAAUGUGCCUCCUGCAUAUUCACAAGUAUCUAAUACUACUGCCAAAACAUCAGCAAACACUAUAGAAACGAAAGGUGCAGAAGCGAUGGUAACUACAACGGUGGCUACUACUCCUACUAGAGAUGAAACGCACAUACCCACUGCGUUUAGUCAUCCUACGAGUAGUCGUUAUCCUGGACCUUAUCCACCGGGACCGUAUGAUCCAUAUUCACAGCAUUAUCCUCCAGCGCCCGGUUCAUCAGCAACUUAUCCACCAGGUGUAGCUGCUCCUGGAUAUCCAGCAUACGGUGGCCCGAGUUACAACACGGAAUAUGCUCGUAUGUAUACAGCGUUUCAUGGUCCUCCUCCACCAGCAGAUCCUUAUAUACACAGAGGUUAUGCACCCCCUUCUUCACAUCCACCUAAUUAUUAUCCUCCAUUUCCUCAUCCACCACCACCUUAUCCGAAUUAUUCAUUUUUGUCACCAUAUCCAAAUCCCAAUAUGCCCAGCGAGCCACAGCCACCUGCUCAGUAGGACACUUAAGUGGUAUUAUGAUAAAUGAUUAGUUUAAUAAUUUCAUAAAAUGUCGCAUAUUGCGAAAGUUCAAAGGCUGUCGCGAUUCAGAAGCUUAAUAGACUGAAGCUGUAAAACGCAUUGAUGUAAAUAUUUAGUCACAAGUAUUGUAUUAAGAUAAUAAAUUUAUGCAGCUACUUUUUUAAAAGUGCUGUGUUUAUGUCGAGGGAGAUGAGAUAAUCUCAAUUAACUUUGAACUGUGCAAUUUGUUGAAAUGUUCAAAAUAUUUAGCCUUGACUGUCAUGCCGUUUUACGAUGCGUCUAUUCGACUAAGUAAUAUCUGGUUAUGAGUACAAAUAAUUUCUCAAUUUGAUAUUCCAUAGUCUCAAGAAAGUGUCUGUGUUUUUUUUAGCAUAUUGACAUAUAUCAUUAUUAUGAUUUUAUGAAUUUAUUGAGAAUUUAUUAAGAAAUAAGGAAAUAUUUUCAACAUUGGGAGCAUCCUUGUUAUCUAUUUUUUAUUUCCUAUUUUUUAUUUUGAAUAAAAUGCUAGGAAUAUUGAAUGAGAAAUAAUUUUGUACAUUCUAAACGAGUAAUAUGAAGAAGAAAGGAAUGCUGUACACUAUCAUUUAGCUUUGUGCAUAAAUGCUACGUUAAUCACACUUUUCUAUUCUGCACUGAAAAAUGCAAGGAAUUCAUUUUGAUUAAAUGCAAUACUCAGAAAAGUAUAAAUUGUAAGAGUAAACUCAUAUUCAUAAAACUUAUAUGCCAGCAUUCCAUCUUCCAUUUUAUAUGUUUUAGUUCUUCGUUUUAGUUAAUUUGUGGAGAGUGAUGGAUAUUUACAUAUUAUUUAUAAAAUGAUAUUAUUUAAGAACCUAUUUAAAAGCUUAUUAAUAUUUUUUUGAUAGUAAUAUAUUUAUAUGUAUAAUCUUAGAAUUUAAUACUUUUAAUAUUUCGACGAAAUUAUUAUAUACAUCAUACAUAAUAAUGAUAUUUUUUACUAUAUAUUAUUACAUUAUUCAUCACUUCUCCUUAAAAAUAUAUUAUAGGCUGCGCAUCGUUAUUUCGGUUUCCGUCAUUUCAAUAAUUAAUCUCUAAACGAUAAAAUUAGGCUUCAUUUAUACCACAUGCUCUGAAUCUAUGUAUCACCUCUGACUUUUUACAUACAUUAUACGUACAGUAUUCACUUGGAACAUUUAGCAGCCAGUAUACAGUUUACAGCGUCCUUAGCAAGUUGUAUAUGACUAUGUAUUACUAUUAAACGUUACAAUUUCUGAAAUAGAUAAUCUCAUAGUAGAAUGUAGGAUUGUUGUUAACUAGAAUGUCUUACAGUUCAUGACUGUUUUGGAAUAUGAAUAAAAGAAGAAUAGGGAGAGCCAUGAUUCUCAGAAGCGGCUUCUCAAGCUCGGAACUGUGAUAUUUUGUCAUAUUCUCGUGUAACAUUUUUGCUUGUAUAUUUUUAUUUGAAAUCAAAGUUCAACUUUGACUCUUGCAUAAAAUUGGUAGAAACGAAUAAUGAUCGCGGAUGUCGGAAUACUGAAUUAAAAUUGUGCAUUUAUGUUAACGUAAGUUAAUUCGGAGUAUAAACACGAGAUUUUUAAUCAAUUUUCCAAAGGGGAUAUAAAGCCGUAUGCAUGUUUAUCAUGGUGCUCCCUCUAAAUACUAUAGGUGAAUUAUUAUAGAAAAUAAACAUUCAUGCUGAAUACUAUUAGUAUGUAUUUCUCAUUGAAUCUGUCACCUGAUUGCUACGCGAGAAAUACAUUGGGAUAUUACAUGUUAGUACGUACGUGUUGUGGUUGUACGUUUUCUAGGUUUUAAGUGUACAGGAUUGACAUGACGCGAAUAUUAACGUGAGAUGUAUUUUUGCAAACAAGCGACAGAAUCUAUUGCAAAUACAUACGAGAUUAUAUUUACGAAAGAUGAAACAAUUAUUUUGUCUCUGUUAUAGCUUCUUUGCCAUUUACAUACUUGUAAAUACCCAUUAUUUACAUUUCAUACUUUAUUUAUUACUAUACAUUAUCCAUUAUUAUCGCUUUUUUGAUGUCAGAGUAUUGCUCUUAUGUAAAAUAAAUUGUUUACACUGA